AAAAAAGCUAAAAGGCGACGGCUGCUUUGUGGAAUCGAGUAAAAAAACAUUCAAAAUGUUGAAAGAAUUGGUGAUAGAGCGACUAAUGGUGGCAGCCGAUGACAUUUUUGCACUGUUUGAACAAACUAUAGCGUCGUACGAGGAGGAACGUUCUCGAACAAGACAGGAGAGACAACAACUGGCGGAGUUGAAGAUGCUUGACGUUGACGAUGUCCAGCAGUUGAUUAAUUGUCGAGAAGAACGUUCCACUCAGUCGCAGGGGAUAAGCUUCACUCAGGAGCAGGAGGAUCUAAGGCCAUCUGAUGUUAAAAAGGAAGAGAAGGAAUUCUGGAUCACUCAGGAGGGAAAGUGUGUUCUCGGGCCAGAGGAGGCCGAUCCCACCGAGUUGCAACUGAUUGGUGUCUCUGUGAAGAUUGAAGACCAACCACCAGAGUUCUCGAGGCUUCCAAGCAGCAGCUCACCACAGCACUUGACAACACAACCUGAUGAAGACCACCCUGAAGGAUCACAAGCAGACAACCUCUUAGCGCCACUGUCUGAUAGUGACAACACAACGUCGCACUGUCCUGAGGAUGAAGACUGUGAUGACACCCAAAAACCUUUGAGCAUCGACGUUGUGCCGACUGAUCCUGACAACAAACCCUCUCAAAAGAAGCUCACUAAAGAUCAGUUUACCUGCUUAGUUUGUGCUCAAAGUUAUACAUAUGAGUGUGAGUUUACACAACACAUGCAGACACACAAUAAGCCUUUUAAAUGCUCAGUUUGUGAUAAAAUAUUCACUAAAAGGAAAACAAUAAUUGAACACGCGAGAACACAUACGAAAGAAAAACCUUUUAGCUGCUCGAUAUGCGGUAAAAGAUUCUCCUGGAAGUCAAGUAUCACGACACACACAAAGUUACACUUGCCUGAAAAACCUUUUAGGUGUUCAUUUUGUGGGAAACGGUUUUCUCAAAAAUCACACGUGGAGUCACACAGAAGGACACACACGGGUGAAAAGCCAUUUAAAUGCCAAUUUUGCGAUAAAAGGUUCUCUUACCAGUCGUCUAUGGCGUCACACGUGAGACUGCACACGCGUGAAAAACCUUUCAGUUGCUCAGUUUGCGGUAAAAGCUUUACUCGGGAGUCUCAAAUGUCGUCACACAUGAGAAAGCACACAGGAGCGAAACCCUUUACAUGCUCGAUAUGCGGUAAAAGUUAUUCUCAAAGGAAAUAUUACACAGCACACCUGGGGACACACGCUGGAGAAUAAUUUGAGUCUAAUCAAAAAUCAACAUGCAUUUCAAAUCAGGCCUACAGUAAAUAUGUAAUGUAUAAAAAUACUUACAACCGUAACCAUGCAACUUUCAUUAUAUUUCUACCAUACCGUUAGUGAUGAAUGUGAAGAUGAUGUAUAAUGUAAAGUGUUUUGGGUAUCAUUCCAGUUAUAGUCAAGCGCUAUAUAAAUAAGAACUGUUUACCGUUUAUUUGUCAUUAUUUAGUCACUUUCAAAUAAGAUUCACAAACAUCACAGCUGAAGAAGAUUCACAGUUGUGUUGCAUUUUGUGGUUAAGACAUGCUCCCAAAAUUAUGUUUCCAACCUAAGCUGUUUGGGACAUAAAUAUGAAACUUGUAAAUACAGUACGUAUGUCUAAGUCGGGUGUCGGAAUA